GCGAUGGUGGUGGUCUUCCGUCACAGACCUGCUACCCACCAAACACGGGGCUUCGGCAUCGUCGGCGUCAUGUAGUUUCUACCUGCUAAGUUGAAACAAUAAAGGUUGCGGGACCAUAUACUUAUCCCAUCCUUACUUAUCAGAUAAAAACCACUUGGUCAUCCAAGGCGUUCACACCACAUAUUUAGAAGCAUAAGGUUUUAGUUCUGUAGUAAAUAUGUUUCGCCUACUUUUGAGGCUUAGCCUGUUGUGGGCUGUAGCAGAAGCUAUCUUUAAUCUCAAGUUGGGGGAGGACACAACUCUAUUCUGGCAAUUGGACUAUUCCACCGAGGAAUUCAUGGCAGAAAUUCAUACAAACGAGAUAGACUCGAACAUUGGUUGGGUCGGAAUUGGUUUUUCAAACGCGGGCAACAUUUCUGACGGUUCUGGUGAUUUUUGCAUCAUUUGGAAGAGUCAUUUACAAGCUUACUCUAACAAACCGCUGGAGCUCACGGAUGUUUUUGUAAAAAAUGGAACCACUCAAGUUGACAUUGAUCCACAGCAGGAUUGCAAAGACUUCCAGUUUGCAAUAAAUAAUGGGACACUAAAAUGGUCAUUUCGGAGAAAGUUUGUCACGUGCGAUGAAAAACAUGACUAUCCUCUCGAGGAGGGAACCACGCAUUUGCACUGGGCCAAGGGUGCCGGUCCUCUGUUUGACAUUCGUGGGGUAGACAUCAGCGCUGCCAAAGAUUCGGGGUUCAAGAGGAUUCGUUUUCUUAAAAACACAAUCCAACCUCCUCCCGUCAACCCGGCGGAGGACUGGAGUUUCAAAGUGUUGAAUAACAAGGUCAAAAUAGGUCCAGUGGAGACGACGUAUUGGUGUCAAGUUGUGAGGCUACCCGAAGCUCUGCUAAAAACGAAGUUCCACGUUGUCCAGUUUGGUUCACAUGUUCAAAAAGGGAAUGAGGAGCUGGUACACCACAUGGAAGUUUUUCAUUGUCUCGCCGAUGUCAACGUGGAAAUCCCACUCUACGCUGGGCCUUGCGACCAGUCCCCGAAGGAAAUCCGGGUUUGCAGCAAAGUCAUCGGAGCUUGGGCGAUGGGAGCCGAGCCUCUCACUUACCCCAAGGAAGCAGGCUAUCCCAUUGGAGGCACCGACUUUAAUCCCUACGUCAGGUUGGAAAUGCAUUACAAUAAUCCUGCUCUGAAAAGUGAUUGGAUCGAUUCUAGUGGAAUGGAAUUUUGGGUCACGGAGAAACUUCGAAAGUAUGAUGCUGGUGUUAUAGAGCUGGGUUUGGAGUACACGGACAAAAUGGCUAUCCCACCCUCUCAAGAAGGGUUUUUGUUGACCGGCAUCUGCAACGAGGAGUGCACAUCAGUGGGUCUUCCAAAAAAAGGAAUCGUCAUCUUUGCUUCCCAGCUUCACACCCAUUUGACUGGAACUCGGGUAGUCACACGACACUACAGACCCAACAUGGACCCAAAUGAGCCAAACGACGAUUAUCUGGAACUUCCAUAUCUCAACUGGGACAACCAUUAUUCUACGCACUAUCAGGAGAUUCGCCAACUCAAGCUGCCCCGAAGGAUUAUGCCAGGCGAUGUAUUGCUGACAACAUGCCAAUUCCAAACGAGAGAUAGAAAAGGGCCAACCCUUGGAGGGUUUGCCAUUAGUGAUGAAAUGUGUGUCAACUACGUCCACUACUAUCCAAAGAGCAAGUUGGAGGUUUGUAAGAGCUCCGUUUCAAUGAAGUCACUUCGUGAAUACUUUCACUUCAUGGCAGAGAUGGAGGGCCAGAAAAUCAGCCCGGAUGGGCCAAUCUCAUCGGCGUACAAAGGAAUUGAAUGGACCCCUUUCCGAGCAAAAUUACUCUCUGACUUUUACAACAGGUCACCAGUAGACAUGCAGUGUAAUCAGAGUGAUGGUUCGAGAUUCAUGGGCUCGUGGGACGCCAUGGCACAACCUCCGUUUCCAACUUUGCCCCCAGCUUUUGAUCCUAACGAGGAAUGCUUCCUCACGUCUCCGGUCGAGGUAGAGAAAGAGCUCUUGGCCAAUGUUGGCAAUCAACAAGAACAAACUCCUGCACAAGAGUUUUUGGCGAAUCAGAUUUUUCACAAUCGCCACGAUUGAUCAGGAGUAGAACGAGUUGUUGUUUGCUAUUCCUGCAGAUAAUCAGUUCAGCAGCCAGAACUGUUUAACUGCAGGAUGUCUAUACUAUUCAUUAUAUUGACUAAAAAUAUCCGUCCCCGAAUAUAUCAAAAAUGGAUGGUUCGUUUUAGUCAAUCUACUGAACCUACAUAUAUUGAACACAACUAAUAAUGAACAUUUAAACUUCUUGCAUCUUCUUAAAUGCAGUUAUUUCUUCAAUCACGUCAGUUAUCGAUUGAGAUCCAUAAGUAUAUUCUAAUCACUAUAUCUAUAUGUGCUUUUAAUUAAUGGUCAGCAAAAUCUAAAUAUUUAAUCGUUGUUAUUAAGCAAGUAAAAUAAAGACAGCUUUAUGUGCAAUGCAUCAUAAAAUCAUAAA